GUAUUUUACGAGAAUUCGGAGAAUUCAGAAGACAAAUUCCUAUGAUUCGAGAUACGCGUUAUGAUCCUUCCUAAAAUUUAACAAUCAUUCAUCAAGAUUCAAAAGUUAAUCGGCAAUUCCAUGCGCUUUGUCUCAUUGACUCAAAGUAGUCCCACUGUAUUACCGACACCGAGCUAGUGUGCGAUUUUUAUUACAUUUUUAAUUCUUAACCACGACUCCCACUGUCCCGUAAAACAGUAUAGGACCUGUUUCAGGUAGUGAAAAAACAGGUGGUAGCCAGCCACGAAUGAGAAAUAAAAAUAAUGGAAGGAAAGAAGGAAAAAAAUGGGGAGAGAGAGGAAGGAAGUUGUGAAAUUACCCAGCUGGAGAAAGAUAGCUGUGGUGACCAAGGUGGGCACAACUGUUGGCCUUUGUCAGCACAACUUCAGUGUUCAGUUCUCGGUAAGAAAUUGCAUUCUCUAGAUAGACCGUGGAUGGAAAUGAUCGUUAUUUAGUGCAAUUAUUCGCUAUUUUAAUAUGAUUCAAUGUAAAUGAAAGUGCAACGGAUGGAAGAAAUAGCUGGCGAGAAGUAUCGGAGAACCGAAUAUAAUACCACCUAAAGUUUACUUAUGUAUAAGAGAAUUACGAUUUCCUCGAAGCUCGAAAUCAUCUGAAAAUGUCAUCGGAACGAUAUCACAAGGCAGCAAGAGACGGAGCUCUGGAGAUUCUGAAGGAAGCAACGAGAAGAGAUUGCAACGCCCGGGAUGAAGGAGGCAUGACGCCUACGCUGUGGGCAGCUUUCGAAGGGAAUAUCGACGCCCUGAGACUUUUGGUGGCCAGAGGGGGAGAUCCGGACAAGGCAGAUUACUUUGGCAACACGGCUCUUCACUUGGCUGCUGCACGGGGACAUCGUUUUUGCGUGAACUUCCUGGUUAAAUUCGGUACAAAUAUAUGGUCGUUGGAUAUCGACAGGCAUUCGGCGAGAGAAUUGGCCGCGAUAAAUGGCCGCGAUGAAAUAUUGCAGUAUCUCGACUUGGCCCAAGCGGAGCAAGAGUUGAACAACAGGAAGAAAACGAAACUGUUGAGAGAAAGAGCUGAAAAAGAGGCAGAGAAAAGACUGAAGGAGUACGCUAAAAGGCAAAAGUCGGCGGAGAUCAGGGCGGAGAAAGAACAUAAAAAAUUAUUAAAAGACAAAACGAGGAUGAUGGACAUCGACUCUGCAGAACCAGCGAUCCUUCCUCAUAGACCUAGCAUACUAACUUUCAGAGGGAAGAUAAAACCUUCGCCUACGUUUAGCGACAUAGUUAGCGGAGGCACCAAGAGACAGGGCGGUGCGGUUGGUAGAAAAAUACAAGCGCGAAAAGCUGCUGAUGAUUUCAAAGUUGGAGAGAUUGAGAUGGACGGAAAACGUUCAGUCCGGAGUCUCACCGGGCUUCGGAGGGACUCUGAAGUCAUGUACGUUGGGACCUAUGAAACUCACAGUCAGCAGGUUGGAAAACGUGGAAAAAUAUCAGACGUUUGGGGCACCCUGAACAAAGCAAAAAGCACUCCUGACCUCCUCGGGGAUCGGAUCAAACAGGAAGAGGAACCACAUUAUGAUUAUCACGUAAUCAAUAGCGCAAAUGUCGGGGAUACUGUCCUACUUCAACAACCAGCGAGCAUCUUCAACAGACCAGGUUUUGGAUCUGUUGCUUUCAGACGAUCGGUCACCACGACUCUCGACGCCAUACCGAUUGGUCCUUCGGAUAUAUUGGACAGCAGAAAUGUACCUCAACAACAUGACUCCAACAAUGGGACGAGUAGCCAUAACAACGAAGAAGUUAGCAUAGGAAGCGCAGGUAGUCUGGCACGUAGGCAGAGUACGUGGGACGAUGAUUUGAUAUCUGACGAAGACGAGACGGAGGAGGUCAGCGAAGAAUGGACGCCAUUAAAGCGGUUUUUGGUAGCUAAUAACUUGUCGUCAAUUCACACGGUGCUGGAGGCGGAGCAGAUCGACUUGGAAGCCUUGAUGUUGUUAACCGAAGCCGAUGUUCUCGCUCUCAAAUUACCUCUAGGACCAAGACGAAAGUUGAUCAAUGCGAUAGCAUUGAGGAAACGUGCUUUAGAAAAUCCGUCCGAAGUAAUUGAGGACAGCAGAUUAUGAAAAGAGGGGUUUGGUUCCCCUAUUUGUUAUCAGGAGAACUUAAAACAAAGUUUAUCAUUUUUACAGCAUUGAAUAAAGAGUUAUGAUCAAUUGAA